CUCAUCGAAGCUCGAAGCUCGUCCUCUGCUCCCCACGACGACACCCGUGUCGUGUUGGCCCGUGGUCGGAAUAGCCCGGAUUUUGUAUUGUUUUUGGCGAAAAGUGCCCCGAAAUAGCACGAACACAUCAUCCGACAUAUCCUGUCGCACGAAACCAAGUGUCCUGUACGCAUAACCAUGAUGCACAAGGUAAAGGCCCUUGUCCUGCUCCUGUGUGGCCUGGCCAGUGCUGCCCGGCUCGAUAACCUCUACGGUGCACCGGCACCGGCAGCCUCCUACCAGGGAGGAGGCGGUGAUGGUAAUGUGCUGAAUGCUCCCCGGCAGCAGUUCGGUUCCCCGGCCAGCCAGUAUCUUCCACCGACGGCUGGUGGCCAGCAGCAGCAGCAGCAGGGCUUCCAGGGCGGUUACCCCUCCGUAGCUCCACUCGGUGGUCAGCGUGGACCACAGCAAGGAUUCGGUGCACCGUACAACCCGCAACAGCAACCUGGCGGCGGCUACGGUGGUGGUGUAAGCAACGCCCUACAGCCACAGAGUGGUGGACCGUCGGCCGGAAACUUCCCGGGCAACAACUACCAGCAGACGACACCGAUCCCGAUCCUGCGCUACGAGAACGUUAACAACGGUGAUGGCAGCUAUCGAUUCGAUUACGCCACUGGUAACGGCAUCCAGCACCAGGAGGAGGGUUUCCUGCGUAACUUGGGACCGGAAAAAUCGGAACAGGUAGUCUCGGGUGGCUACUCCUACACGGCACCCGAUGGCCAACAGUACAGCGUCCAAUACAAGGCCGACGCAAACGGUUUCCAGCCCGUCGGGGAUCAUCUGCCAACGCCACCACCACUGCCACCAGCGCUGCAGGAAGCGUACGAUCUGCACGCACGUCUGCAUGCCGAAGCGGCCGCACGGCCAAAGAACCCGGCCUACCAGGAUGGACAACCCGGUCAGCAGUACGGUCCUCCUCAGCAGCAGCCACAGCAGUACUAUCCGCAGUCCCAGCAGCCCUCGUACCAACAACCACAGCAGCCUCAACCACAGUAUCAGCAACCGCAGUACCAGCAGCAGUCUCCUCAGUUCCACUCUAGCUCACCGAACGCCAUCCAGGGCUACCCAUCAGCACCAGCUAAUCAGUAUCUGCCACCGAACAAGCGGCAGCAGGGCUUCAACCCUAACACCGGCUACACCUACUAGGCACUGAUAGAGCGAGAGAUAGAGAGAGAGAGAGAGAGAGAGAGAGAGAGUGCCAGUGUGCAAAACAAAACAACCAUUACUUUCAUCGAUUUCAGUAUUUAUUCGAGCCGUUAGUCCUGCCUGCCAACAACACACAAACGAUGACAAUGACAUGCCAAUAAUAAACGAAGGUAACCGACCCGGAAGUGGCCACUACCUUCACAAUCAUCCUAC